CCCGGAUUCGCUCUUCAAGUUUCGUGUCAUAUCACGACCAUGAUGAAGCUAUCUGCUGUCUGCCUGCUGUGUGUGGCGGCCCUCGUGUCCGCUGCUGCCGAGUCGCAUCCCUUGUCGGUCGUUGAGGGUUCACACCACUUUCUGGAGAUGAAGAGGGACCUGCAGGACCGUGUGCCCAUGCCCAUGCCCAUGCCGAAACCUCAGCCUGAAGAUGACGGCAAGGAGGUACGCAGGACAGAAAGGAGGGCCAGCAAACUGCUGUUGUGUCGCGGGAUGGGACCACUGUGUGUGUGUGUGUUUGUGUCAGAUGAAGAGGGACCUGCAGGACCGUGUGCCGAUGCCCGUGCCGAGGCCUGAGCCUGAAGAUGACGGCAAGGAGGUAGGCGGAGGGAGCCAGCAAACUGCUGCUGUGUCGGCCGAAUGAGACCACUCUCUGUGUGUGUGUGUGUGUGUGCCUGCGUGUGGCAGAGUGGCGGUCCCGCCCGUGCGCUCCAGGAGCCUGACAACAAGCCCCUGCCGGAGCCCAAGCCCAAGCCCGUCGAGGCAGCCCCCGAGGGCGUCUUCCAGCCCAUGCCCGUUCCCAUUCCCGACGUGAGAGAGUGAUGACACGCACAGAGAGCCACGCUGUCACUUGACCUCUGCCUUGUGUGUGAUAUGAUCAGGGCCGCCUUCGCGGGCUGAAAAAGCUCAAGGAGGCCGGUGAGCCCAGAGAGGACCACAUACACAUUUUGUGCUCAUUCCAUUCGUCUCUGUAUGUGUUUUCAGAUGUCCCUCGCCAGGAUGAGGAUGAUCCCAUGCCCAAGCCCUGCCCCGGCUGCUAGUCAAGACGGGUAGGGGGAUGCACACGUAAUGGGACAAGAGGGUUUGUUGCUUGUGGAUAGAUCGGUAGCCUGGCCGUCAAUGUUUGUGGGAUGGCAGGGCCAUGCCUGGCUUGGCUCUCACCCUUCUUUGUCUGUCGG